UUAUCGACUCUAUAAACUUUGUAGUCCACGUUGAUGGACAAAGAUGGAUCACCCCUGAGGUGUGCCUUAAUCUAUUGCCCCUCAAGGUUUUGUUAUCCUGCACGGAUGGAAAUCUAAUUAUAUCACUGGUAGACCGGUUGAUAAGACUCCAAGUAGGCCAGUUGAUACGACUCCAAGGAGAACUUUUGCCAUUUUAUUCGGGACACCACGUUCACUGAAUCUCUCUUUCAUUCUUUGGACACUUACCGGAGAGUACCAUCCACCUUUGCUCUUUUCUGCCCGACCUAAGUUUGCCGCCAGAAUUUACCUGCUCUAGGUAUCUACCUCUUGACGCAUUUCUUGGAAACAUUUUGUGAGUCUUUGAAUCGCGGUUUGAUCUGCUCCUCAUAUUUUGCAUCCCAUCUGUGUUGGUUAUUAUCCAUUUGCACUCAUUUUCCAUCUUUAUUCAUGCCUCUGACUGAUUGUUUGGGUAACUCCCACGAGGCCAGUCCGCCUCCUGCGCCACCCUCGCUCAAUGACGCUCUCCCGUCGGAAAUUCUCGUCCAAAUUUUUUCCCACCUCGAUAACCUCUCCCUCGACACCCUCAACCUCGUGUGUAAGUACUGGAACGCACUCGCUAACAACAACAACGCGUGGCGAGAGGCGUUCAUGGCACGCCACGGCCAUAUCCCCGAGUUCCAGCCACUUAGCCGCUCACGCUUGUGGAAGCGCGAGUUGACCAUGCGAGAAAACAUGGCCCGGAAGUGGCUUCGGGGCACGGGAAAGAACCAUUCGUUCCCCGUUCCCAGGGGCAGCGCCCUGAUGGUGGUACCAGAGUUCGCGGCUGACCGGCUCUUGGUCUACCAGCACAGUGUGGGGCAGAUUGUGGUGACAAAUCUCCGAAACGGCAAACACACCGACCUCAUCUGGCUCGACAACCUCAACAACGGUAAUGUCACCGCCUAUGACAUGUGUGAAAUGGCCAUCGUCUGCGGCACCUGGAAGGGCGAGGUGUUUUUGAAACUUCUCUCUAACAAAACGUACAUGUCGCCAACCAUCCGACUUGAUGGGGAUACAGAAUUGAGCGGAGAAGCGGUUGCCAUUUCGGUUGUCAGCCUUAAGAAGGACGGGAUGAAUAAAACCGGCGCCUUUGGCUGUGUGUGCGGAGAUGCCGGGGGCACGGUGACGUGCUGGGACUUGAAAACGCCAGCGUUAAUUAAACGGCAGAGGGUAUCCACGCUAGGGAUUGUAAAGAUUGCCAGUGACUUCCACACCGCGAUCGUGUGUUUGGAUACCCUGCUAAACGUCCACUUCGUUGAUACCGUCACGUGGGCCGUCAGCACCGUGGCGUACCCCAAGCCGCUUCAGACCGAGGCUUUGGACUUGGAAGACAUCCAUCUCCACGUGGAUUUUGCCGGCGGGGUCGCUAUGGUUGGGUUUCAGGGGGAUAUCACGCUCUUUUCCCUCUCUUCUAUCGGCGUGUUCUCCGGCUACGCGCUUGCGGAUGGUUUGGAUGCCGUUCACAAGUCUGUCGCAAGUGGGUACGGUGGCGCGUAUGAGACUGAGAUUGUGGGUGGCGACGGCUAUUUCAUUGGUGUGUUGACCCUACAUGGGGGCGUGCUUAUUAUCAAUACCCGUGCGGCCUCCAACUUUCCGGCAUCAGCGAAUGUCACCACCCAUUCGUUCACCCCUUUCAACCACUUUAUCCCAGACUAUGUCGGGCCCGAUAACACCCCGUACGAGGUUACACAUUUCAAUAGUAUUUCCAUCAACGCGCAGAUAGUAUUGCUCGGCUCGUAUAACGGCUACUCGGCCAUCUACGACAUUUUCCAUGGCCGAUUGCUCAAGGUGGUGUCGAAGCGGUUCCCCAAGCGGCUCUUUGAAAACCCCAUGUUCCAGUUGUUUCCCACCCAACACGUCUUUUUGAACCCGGAUCCCAAGGCAACGUCCGGGGUCACGUUCACACACCGACUAGUGCAAUAUUUCCAGUACGGGGACCAGCCUAUCGACGCGUUAGAAAAGCUCGGGAAACGAAAGACCGCGGCGUCGGGCUUGUUGCGCGAUAAGCGGUCUCUGGCGUACCACAAGGUUAUCAAGCACGAAGUGGACGAGCUAGACCGCGAAAUUGAGUCUGCCAACCAGAGUGUGAGGUUGGUGGGAAAGUACAAUGGGGUGGAAGCAGACUUGACGGAAGAGGAGGAGUUGAAGAUCGCGAUGGCCCUUAGUGAGAGCCACAACGUGCACUCUGGGGAAAAUUCAGACGACUUGGAGAGGGCGUUACAGUUGUCAAAGUCUGAGGUCAGCUUGCAUUCAGACGACAGUUCUCUGUUAGGCCUUGUGGAUAAGGACCUCCAGUUGGCGAUUGCCUUGUCGCAGACGGAAAGUGAAAAUUCUGCGGUGGAACGGGACACGUAUGGCGGCCUACUUGAUUUUCCUUUAGCCGGACUUAGCAAGAAGCAGCUCAAGUCAAAGGCGGUUGCUCCCAUGGCGGAGGUUUUGCGUGAAGGGAUCGAGUCGCUGUCUCCAUUUGAAUCUGAAGGGGUGGACGAGGAUUUGCGAUUGGCGAUCCGGUUGUCACAAAUCGAGGUGAGAGGCGCUCCACAGAUGGGGAAUGAUAAAAGUGUCAGCUCGUCGUGUAAUGCUGCGAUUAUUGUUUGUGACAACCUGAAACCUCCGGGAACUCUCCUCGACGGGGAUGCUGAGUUUGAGAAACAGAUGACCGAGGCUAUUAAGCGGUCAAUUGUGAGCUAAAUAUGGGGUGAAAGGUCGUAUUUAUCAGUUUAUGAGUAUCGCCUAGGGUCUGAGUUAACCAGUAUGAAGAGAGUUUAUGUAUAGUGAUAAGCCACAUACAAUUGUGC